UGAUGCUUCCACCUCAAUUUGAGGAAACUUUUAAAGACGUCGAUAAACUUCUGAGUCAACACGAAAAAACAAAUUGUAUUCAAAGUAUGAAGGGGAGAUAUCCAGGUAAAUUGGGUGGCAUGGAUGAUGAGGAUUUUGUCGAGUUACAGAAAGCAUUGUUCAAAAUUGGCGCCAUCACAAACGAUCUGUCGCUUAUACCGAUAAUCACUUCAAAUUCAAAGAAGAAGGAAGAAAUCCAAGCCAUUAUUGGCAAAUGUGAGCCACUAGAGAUGAAAAAAUUUGUAGGAAGAGAACCUGAUGUCGAAAAAGUUGUCAAGAUGCUUACUAAUAAGGGGCGGCUUUGUGUUUCGGGAAUUAAUCUUUYUGGAGAAUCAGGAGUUGGCAAAACUACCCUAGCUCAAGAAAUUGCAAAAUCUCUGAAAGAUUUCCAGCUGAUCACAAUCGAUUUAAGAGGAAUUCUUGAGAUGGGAAAUGUCUAUUUUCAUGUUCUUGAAGGAUUCAAACUGCCAGCUUGGGAUAAGGAUAUAAGUAGAUUCAACUCUUACCUUAAAACUCUGAAAGAAAAAACCCUAUUGAUUCUUGAUAAUGUUGAGCAACUACAUGGUCUCCCAUCACAGAAAGAGACUGAGAGCCAAAAAGCAGAGUUUUUUGAUUUUCUUCUUGAAAUAGUUACUUCAACAGCUUGUAAAAGUGGUUAUUUGAAGCUUCUUUUGACUUCAAGGGAGAGAUUGGAUGAUGCAAAGUUAAGGCAAAGAUUGCUUUGUGAUCAUAAUGUUCAGCCUUUUGAUGACAAGGUGUCUAAACGCUUUCUUAGUCGUGAUGAAAAACAGAUUCCUGGAAUUUCUAAAGAGGAUGAAGAAGCARAUAUGSAGGAAAUUGUAAAGCUUUGCAAAAAUAUCCCAUACCUAUURCAGGGUGCCAAGCAGAUGCUUAGAGAGGACUUCAGUCCAUCGUCACAGGUGUUGGAAAGGCUUAAGUCUCAGCUAGAGAAAAGGGUUCCCAAGGAAUAUGCUUGCCUGGCUGAACAAUUUGAAUCGAUUCCCAAUGACCACCUCAAACAGCUUGCAGUGAAGAUAUCUCUUCUUCAACAACCUUUCUCUAUCUCCACAGCAAUGAAGAUUGGAGAUAUUUCAUCAAAUUAUGAUGCUGGUAUUGAUUUAGAAUUGCUAGCAGUUCACAAAGUAAUAUCAAAAGUAAUAUCAAAAGUAGAUGGAAAGAAGUUAAAGUACGAUAUCCAUGCUCAGUUCAAAGAUUUUGUGAAUAAGUAUCUUUGUAAAGCCCAGCCACAGUACAAAGACACUUAUCAAGAGGGAGAAAAACAAUUUUUUAUUCACUUUUCUGGUAAAAUGAGCAAACUUGCUCAACAUUUAGAUAAUGAGUUUGUCAAUGCCUAUUCAAAGCUUGAAGGAAACCGAGCUAAUUUUGAGUUGGCCAUUGACAUUUCAAAGAAACGAAGUGAAGUCUUUGAUGUUCUUCUCCAUUCUGAUGAGCACAAUGAAGCAGCUUUGAUGGGCCUUUUGUUUGAAACUUUGAAAGACAUCAAUGAAAGAAAGAAGCUGUAUGAACAAUGGGCUGAAAACGCAGAAAAAUCAGGGAAAUGGUUGGUCAGUGCACAGUUAAGAUGCUGGCAGGCUUUACAAGGAGCUGACAUGGAAGGGACACGUGAUGCCAAUGAAGCACUCCACAUUGCAAAAGAGUCCUUCAAAAAGGCAGAGCAACAACCGCAACAGUGGCAGGAAAAACUUGAUUCUGCUAAAAGCCUGUUUUUUCAUGCCAGUGGAAGAACUAAGUGGCUGCAUGCUUCAAAAUUGCAGGAUUCAAAAGAAAAGAAAGAAGAAAUUCAAGAAGGAAUUAGAAAUUUGAAGGAAGCUCUGAGGUUGAGUGAGGAUGCGACAAAGGGACAAGACAGUAUGAUAAGAGCUCGGAUUAUCAAUCUGAUUGGAAAUUGCUACAUGGAGCUAAACGAUCCUUCGACUGCAGAGACGUACUUUCUCCGCGCAUUGGAAAUGACAAGGAAACUUGUUGGGAGCGACAACCACUGGGAGAUCCCGACAUACUACAACCAAAUCGCGCAGGUUCACGAGCGACGUGGUAUGGACAUGGAAAAGUCUUUUUUCGCAUUUUGGCAUAAAAAGAAAAUUAAUGCAGAAUAUAAAAGUGCAGUAGAAUGGAUGGAAAAAGCUCUUAAACUUCAAGAAGAUUUGGGCGUCGGCGAUACAGAACACACUGCCACAUUUCAAAGAAAUCUUGCAAACUCUUUAAUCGGUAUUGGGGAUUAUGGCAAGGCGCUGUUGUAUGCAAACAAGUGUUAUGAAAACAGGCUGAAACGGCUGGGUGAACAUCCAGAGACGGUUAGGAUUCUGUAUCUAACAGGAAUUAUAAACGAGUGGAGGAAAGAUAUCGAGAGUGCACGCAAAAGCUAUGAACAGGCUUUUGAAAUGGAAGAAGCACUUCCAGAAUACAAUCACAGCAUUGUGAGGACAUUGAUUCGGGAGAGAUUGGAAGCGAUGUACAAAAAGCUGAAACUAAAAGAUAAGAUAGCAGAACUGAAAGACCGAAUUGAAGAGAUAGAAGAGAGGGAAAAAGAAGCGCAAAAUAUACCAGAUACUUGCAAAGAAGUUUAUAUUACUGUCAACCAAGAAGAAGGAACUUACAAACAUUUGUCGAGGGGUUUCUGUCUUCAAUUCCCUCCUGAUUGCGUCACGGAAGCAACCCGGAUAAAGUGCGAGGCGUCAUCAUCAGAAACGACCCUCCCCUCCCCUGCUCAUCCAAUGGAGUGUCUAGUUAGCUCUAUCGUUCAACUUGGACCAUGUUCUGUGCAACUCAAAAAGCCUUUUGUUAUGAUACUACUGCAUUGUGGGGUUGAGAAAUCAAAGGGAUAUGAAACUAAAGUAAAAGUAUUCAAUGAAGAAAGUAGAGCGUGGAAAGAAAUGGAAGAGCUGCCCCUAGAAUCGAUACCUCGUGUAAACAUCCCCCCUUCAUUGAAAUACGUUGGAAUACAGCUUUCUAAAAUGGCAGCCGUAGCAGUAGUUUCCAGGCUUGUCACAGAUACGUUCGAGGUACCAGUCAGCGGUUGCGUUGUCAAGUCGAGCGUAUGUGAUGGCGUCACGCUUCGUUUUCCAGAAGGGGCGGUUGAUAGGCCGAUCAAAGGAAGCUUACGGGUCAUCCCAAUUCCUGAUCACGUUAAGGCAAAUUCCGAGGCAAUACCAACUCCUAUUUUGCUGUUUAGUGGCUUCGGAAAUGUUAUAUUCUCAAAACCUGUUCGCAUCACCGUCCCACGUGACUCACGUGAGACCAAUUCAGAGUUAAGCAAGGCUCAUCUCCUUCGUUUGGAUGCUGUACAAAACCCAUCUCCUUGUUGGGAAGACAUCGCUACAGAUAAUCUUAAUGUAUCGAUAAGUGAACGGGCUAUAGAGCUGGACGUAUAUCAAUUUUGUGGACUAUGGAUUUGGAAUGCAAUAUCAGUCGUUAAAAACCUCGUCGAUAUAGCAUACAGUCUUUAUCCCGAUAUGCGCGAUCCGCCAUCCCAUGUCAGCUUUGGUGCUUACCAAAAAAAGGGAUCUAGUAACAGCUCAAAGGUCUUCUUAAAGCUUACAUGUGUUGCUAAUAAUGAAAAACAACUUAAGUUGACAGACGAUCUAAUUAAACAAGACUACUGCCACCUAGAAAAUGCAACUUCGAACGAAGCCAUGCGAAAAAAUGAUAAAGCUUUUCCAGACUUGGAAAAAAUCAAUCUGUCAAAACGGGAAGAAUUCUUUUUGGAAUACCUAGGCAGUGAAGGAGGACCAUGCGAAAAAACCAUAAUGGUAAAGAAAGAUCUUGACAUGAUCGACCUCAAUUUUUACCGCGACAAAGAAACGAAGGGAAAACUUCUUUGCAAUUUGCCCUUCGAAAUUAAGAGGGAUGAUCACGAACCGUCACAGAAGACAAGUAAUGAUCGCAAGAUCUGGGUCGAAUACUGUGGAAUCACCUUUGAUAUUCUAAGAGAAAUCUCUGAGCAAGAUGCUAAUCUUUUACGUCAACUCUUCGAAGAGCAAAAAGUCAAAGACACCAUAGAUGGGUUUAUGAAGCGAUGGUAUGAUGGUGACGGUGUGGAGGAGUUCUUGUCUUUGAUCCAUAAAAUCCCAUAUCAUAAAGUGUACGAAGCGUGGAAUAGACCGGAUCAAAACACACAAGACCGGAUGGGUCACAUUUUGAAUAAGAUUCAAUAUGAGCACCAUCUGUGCGUAGGUGAGCGCCUGAGCGCAAUCAAAGAGAAACCAUACCACGUGAGUAGGCUACAGUUAUCGACUACAAUUGUACGCAGCCCACAUCUGUAGCUCAAACAAUGGAUUGCAGUGUGCUGUUCUCCAUUGUUCGCCAGUUGCCAUUUGAUCACUUUUCACUGCCUACCUGCUCAAUUUAAAGGUGUUCUCUGUAUAAAAGCAAAAAACCAUAGGUAAAAUACCUUUAUACCGAUUAAGCUACAUAAUCACUUUAUAAUUACUAAAUAUAACUUUCA